GCAGCAGUCACAGCCCAAGGCCCAGCAGCAGUCACAGCCCAAGGCCCAGCAGCAGUCACAGCCCAAGGCCCAGCAGCAGUCACAGCCCAAGGCCCAGCACCAGUUACAGCCCUAGCCCCAGCCCUAAGUGGGAAGAGACUCUUGCCCGUCAGCCCAGGCUACUCUGUGAUUGGUCCUGGGUUUAUCUCCCUGCAAGGAAGGACAGGAAGUAAAGCAGCAGUGCCUGAAGGGUGGGUUGUGAUGGGGUGUAAUGGAGGCCCCACCAGGUCUAGUCCCAGGAUCCCUGUACCCCAGGGGAAGAGCUCAUCGAUGAGCCCCACCAAGACUCCUUCAUCCCUGGGUAGCUCCCUGUCCUCGGCCAGCCCGAUUAGCCUGGUCAGCCCCUCGGGGCAGAGCGAGAAGGACAGUGGGCUGAGCCUGACCACGCUGGAGCACCAUGGGUCUGCAGACAACCAGGGUGAGACGGAGAGGCUGGUGGAGGAGUGUAGGACAGCACUGGGUCUCAGUCCCAGUCAGUAUGCAACACUAAACAGCGCAGAUGUGUUGAAGCAUCUGCUAGUGGAGCGCCAGGAGUUGACCGCUGAGGUCCAGAGUCUGCGGGAGACCAUGCAGACGGAGCGAGUGGAGUGGAACCAGUUCCAGUCUGACCUGCAGGUGGCGGUAGCAGUGGCCGACCGACUGAGGGCCGAGGCCGAGGAGGAGCUGAACACGCUCAGAGCGGCUCAGAUGGAUACAGAGCGGGAGCUGGAGGUUGCCCAGCAGAGACAGAAAGAGACUGAUGGGCAGCUGGUCAGCCUGAGAGGAGAGCUGAGGGAGAGCAGACAGAGACUGGUCCACCUCACCCAGAACCAGGGACCAGGACAGGCCCAGGCUCAAGCCAAGACCCAGGGCAUGGAGAGGGCUACUGGGGAGACCAGCACACUGGAGACCCAGGAGGGGACACACCGGGGAAGGGAGAGGGGGAUCAGCAGGUUUGGCCGAGGAAGAGGAGAUGACAAGAUGGAGAAGAGGAGCCAGGAAGAAGGGAAUAAGAAUAUAAGUGUGAAAGAGGCUCGAACGGACACUAAGGGCGUGGCCAACAGGUACUUGAGGAACGUGACCAAUGAGGAGAGGAGUGGAGAGGAAGGGUGUAGCAUGAGGGAGACACAGAGGAUAGUCACACAGGAGAGGGCAAGAAGCCUUUCCAGACUACCCGCAUCUUCAGACUCCCCUGCUGUAAUGAAUGGAACAUCCCUGUCCAAUACUGCCACAAUAGCUGGAUCUACAAACAAGAACCAAAGUCAAACCAGAGGAAGAAAAGGGCUAGAAUGGCAAGACAGCUGGUCCAGCACUCACACAGGGAAACGGGAGGAGGCAUUGAACCAGUACAACUCUGCCCUGGCAGAGCUGCCCCCAAACACGACCUCUAAGACCAGGUCUCAGGAUGGCUUUAAUCUACUGCUACGUCGCCAUGGAGGCUCUAAGAGGAACUCUCUUCUGCGCUGGUGUCAGAGCCGCACUCAGGGCUACAAGAAUAUUGACAUCACUAACUUCAGCAGUAGCUGGGCGGAUGGUCUGGCCUUCUGUGCUGUGUACCACACCUACCUCCCUUCACACAUCCCCUACUGCACCCUUAGCCCUGACAACAAGAGGGACAACCUCAGCCUGGCAUUUAAGACGGGAGAGAAUGUUGGAAUCACAACAUCACUGACCAUGGAGGAGAUGCUGAGGGCCGGAGGACCAGACUGGCAAAGAGUUCUGGGAUACGUGGAGUGCAUGUAUCGUCACUUUGAGAUGUAACGCCCAGGUCUGUGUGCUUGAGGGAAACCUUGGCGGGAGGUACAGUUCACUGCUAUUGGUGGAAGGAUGGGGAGUGGGAGUCACUCCUCUACUAGCUGAUAUGGUCAUUGACAGCCAUAUAGAGAAAGUUAGGCUUUGUUGGCACAACAGAGCCCCCUUCUGGUCAAGAGUGCAGGUGCAGGUUGCUGUAAAUGUCUACACUGGGACCCCAUCAGAAGGUUACACAAAGUAACUGAUCUUAUCAUACCAAACCUUUGCUUGACUCCUAAACUUUUUCUUAGCAGUGCCAUCUAAAUCUGCUGAUCUGUGUCCUUUAGUACCACAGUCUUCCAUUUAAAACAUGUUCAUGUUUUCUGUCCAUUUUAGCACUCUGUAAAUAUGCACUUUUAAUAAGCACUUUGAUUGUAAUUUAAGGGAGGAAGGGGGAAAGGGAGUGUAUGGAUGCAGUCUCCCUGUCUAGCAAUCCAUUGAUUCUUAUAUGUAACUAAAAUGUGAACGCUGACUAUGUUGCCAAAGAUGCAGAAUAAAUAAAAUGGGCAAUAUAAAGCUAA